CUUUUUUUUUUUUUUUUUGCGUAUUUUGAAGGGAGGGGAAAAUGGUGAAAUGAUGCAGCAGCGGAAAAGGAUGCAAGUCUCACGAGUCUCCCGCUCGGAAUAACGCCAAAUGGAUGCUGUGCUGAGUGCCUCAGCCCUUCACCAAUCGCUAUGGAGGCAUACCAUGCAAGUGACCUUUAUCACACCAUGAAUGCAAGCUCCGCCGUUGAAAGAGGACACAAGUAACCUUUUCUUGUUACCUAAGGAGCUGUUGAUCUGAAGAGAGUGGGGGAAUCAAGACACCGAGACAGAAGAGUCUCGUUAAACAAACAAAUACAAAACACACGACGACAGGAUGCCAAAGCGGUCUGAGGAGAUGCUCAUGGAUCUGUGGAUGUCCUUGCUGCUGGUGUGGAUUACUUGUGCUCCCCGUGUGUCUACGACUCCUAUCGUAGGCCAGUCCAAAAGUAUACAAACUGGUGGGUCCGCAGCAGUGGCGAGCGGUCUUGGCGAAGGACAAAGAUUACUGAGCCGCGCCAAGAGAGGAUGGGUUUGGAAUCAAAUGUUUGUGCUGGAGGAAUUUUCUGGACCUGAUCCAAUUCUAGUUGGCAGGCUACACACAGACUUGGAUGUGGGCGGCAAGAACAUCAAGUACGUCCUGGCGGGCGAGGGGGCAGGCACCAUCUUUGCCAUCAAUGAGUUGACUGGCGACAUCCAUGCCAUGAAGAGGCUGGACCGUGAGGAGAAGGCAGAGUACACACUGACAGCCCAGGUUGUUAAUGCCGAUACAGACGAGCCCUUGGAGCCACCGUCUGAGUUCAUCAUCAAAGUCCAGGACAUAAACGACAAUCCCCCACAGUUCAUCGAAGGCCCGUACAGAGCUUCUGUUCCAGAAAUGUCUGCUGUUGGUACCCCAGUUACCCAGGUAACAGCCACAGAUGCCGACGAUCCAGUGUAUGGAAACAGCGCUAAACUGGUCUACAGUAUAUUGGAGGGACAACCAUAUUUCUCCGUAGACCCUAAUUCUGCAACCAUAAAGAUUGCUCUCCAUGGGAUGGAUCGGGAGAUGAGAGAGGAAUACCUGGUGGUCAUCCAGGCCAAGGACAUGGGGGGUCACAUGGGGGGAUUGUCAGGAACUACGACAGUCACCGUCACGCUAAUGGACAUCAAUGACAAUCCACCAAAGUUUUCCAAAAGUCUGUAUGACUUUGUGAUCCCAGAAGAUCUACCGAUAGGAAAAAUGGGAGGAAAGGUGAAGGCCAACGAUAGAGACAUUGGUGAGAAUGCCAGGUCAACAUACAGCAUCAUCGAGGGAGACGACCAAGGCACGUUUGAGAUUGUAACGGACGCGCAGACACAAGAAGGGAUUCUCCGAGUGAAAAAGCCUUUAGACUACGAGAGCAAGAGAGCAUACACGCUCAAAGUGGAGGCCAGCAACGUCCAAACAGAGCCCAGCAGCGGCCCCUUCAAAGAUACAGCGACGGUGAAGAUCGUGGUGGAAGACUCUGACGAGCCUCCGGUUUUCUCCAAACCCAUAUACUUACUGGAGGUGAAUGAGAAUGCCCCCAUCAACACGGUCAUAGGCACAGUCACCGCCAGGGAUCCGGACGCCCCGGGGAGCCUUGUCAGAUACUUCAUCGAUCGGCACACGGACCUGGAGCGGCAGUUCAACAUCAACGUGGAGGACGGGAAGAUCACACUGGCCAAGCCGCUGGACCGAGAGACAGACAUGUGGCACAACAUCACAGUAACCGCCACAGAAGUCAGAAAUCACAGUCAGAUAUCAAGGGCAAUAGUUGCUAUCAGAGUUAUGGACAUAAACGACAAUGCCCCUGAAUUUGCCACUGAAUACGAGGCCUUUCUGUGUGAAAAUGGAAAACCCGGACAGGUGAUCCAGACUGUCAGCGCAGUGGACAAAGACGACCCAAUACAAGGCCACUACUUUGACUACCGUCUCGUCCCAGAGAUGCUCAACAACCCCAACUUUACCAUCAAAAACAACCAAGACAAUUCAAUCAGUGUUCUAGCCAAGCAUGACACCUUCCGACGACAGAAACAGGAGGUGUACUUCCUGCCAAUCAUUGUGACAGACAAUGGGAAUCCACCAAUGAGCAGCACCAACACCCUGACCAUUCGGGUCUGUGGGUGCAGCAAGGACGGCAUUGUGCAGUCUUGCAAUGUGGAGGCCUACGUCUUACCAAUCGGCCUUAGUAUGGGAGCUCUCAUUGCCAUCCUGGCCUGCAUCAUACUGCUGUUAGUAAUAGUAGUACUAUUUGUUACUUUGAGGAGACACAAGAAUGAACCUUUGAUUAUUAAGGAUGAUGAGGAUGUGAGAGAGAAUAUUAUCCGUUAUGACGACGAAGGAGGCGGAGAAGAGGACACCGAGGCGUUCGACAUUGCCACACUGCAGAACCCAGACGGCAUCAAUGGUUACUUGCCACGCAAGGACAUCAAACCCGACCUGCAGUUUAUGCCUCGAGCUGGGCAGCACUCAGGCCCCAAUGGCGUGGAUGUGGAUGAAUUCAUCAACGUGCGGCUCCACGAGGCAGAUAAUGACCCCACAGCACCGCCUUAUGACUCCAUACAGAUCUAUGGAUACGAGGGCCGUGGAUCCAUUGCUGGCUCCCUCAGCUCACUGGAGACUGCAUCAUCAGACUCAGACCAGAACUAUGACUAUCUUAGAGAGUGGGGUCCACGCUUCAGAAGACUUGGGGAGCUCUACUCAGUGGGCGAGAGUGACCGCGAGACCUGACCUUUGGUUUGUUAGAAAAAAGACCUUUGAGAUUUUCUUUUUCUGUCCACAUACUUGUCUAUUAAACGCUAGGGGAUUUGCUGGCUUUUAGAAACAAGUGUUUAAAAAGAAAAGAAAAAAAACAGUUAAUAUCAAGGGAAGCCACCUUUUUGUAUUCUUAUUAGAGUGAGGUAUAGCAGUCGUCAUCCACUACGUCAAGCGCAUUGUAAUUGUUGAGCCAAACAAUGUCUUUAUUAGGAGAUCCAUGAUUCUUGUGGAGUGUAACUUAGAUUCCGUUGUGGAGUGUCUAGCAGUAUUUUGGGUAUUAGUCAUUCUGUGACUGCCAGUAGCAGAAGAACCCUGGUUUUGCUGUUUUCCAAUGAAAGGAAAUAAUGGGUAAUAUUGGGUUCUCUGAAGCUUGAGUGGGCACUAUACUCCAUUCACCAUGGACUGCACGCUGGACUGCAGAAGCUGUAGAGAGACCCUUGUUUUAUGUCUGGCUGCCGAAGCCACACCGCUGAUCGGUGAGCAGAAAUGAAACGAUGAAGAAAAAGCAAUAUAUGGUCUACAUUACAAUGAUGAAUGUAUGUAUGAUUUGAAAAAAAGACAAACCAGUAUUGGCUUUAAGGUGAAUUUGUUAUCAUUUGAUAUGUUCUCUGGUGGCCACAUUUAUAAAGCCCAGAGAGGCUCGCUUUAUACAACUCUUUGUAUUUACAUGCUACAGGUGUGGGUCGCAAGUGUUAUUAGCCUAUUAAAGACUGAAAUGAAGACAAAAAAGAGAAAUGUAGAAACUCUGAGGCCUUCUUUUUACAGAAGCAACAUUAAAUACAAUUGUAAUCUACUGUUUUUUGACAAGAGACGUGUUGAUUCUUCAUUAUUGUUGAGUUUUUGUAUAUUUGUUCUUAAAUCAUUUUUUCUGUGCUGACAAUUUCAAGUGAGUGUGUUUAGAUGAUUUCACAUUAAGCUGUUUUUCGACCAUUAGAACACUAUUUCAUGACAGCCAAACCUUAUCAUGAAUUUACUGCAGUUGAUGACAUAGACUAGAUGUAAGCAGGCAACAAGAGCUCUAAGUUACUGUAGCAAUGCACAUGAUCUAAAUAAUUGGGACUGUAGGAAAUGGGACCUUUCUGAUAACAUGCUAAUUCUGUGUAAAAUAUGUCUCAAAAUAUAUUUUUGGGGUACAGCCAGUGACUGUCUGAGCACAAUAGUUAAAUUGAUACCUACGUGUAGUAUGUGACUCCCUCCAAACAUCAAAUCUCAUUUAGCAAAGAUUGCAUUAGCCCAAGAAAAAUGAAGAUAAAAAUCCAGACCAUGUGCAUAUUGUGCUUACACUGUAUGAUAUCAGAUAAAAAAGACUUGUACUGUACAUAGAGUUACUGCUAAAGUCAUUAGCUUUCAAUGAGGUGGUAGGUUUUGUCUCUGCACGUUAGCUCUUGCACAUAAUGAGAAUCUCAAUGGCACUACAGCUGCGUGCAUACUCAGUUUGUACUGAUACAGUAUUAUGGCAGUUCUCGGUAGACUAAACAAUAUAUAUGGAAUAGUCCUACAUGCAGAUCAUAUUUUCUACUGUGCUUUAAUGCUUAUAAAUGUGUAUGUUCAAUUAUUUACUCCCUGUACUGUAA